AUUCAUAUGACGUCAUGCGUGGCGAUCCGCCUAAGCUAGUCCGCCAUCUUUGCCAGCACAAAGAUAUGGGCGUAAAUGCCAUGAAGAAACUGCGUGAAGGCAAACGGAUAAAGGACCUAUUACUUACACAUUCUUAGUAUACUUCAAAGCUCAGAUUGUUAAGUUUAUCUGGGUAUAAGAAUCUUCUCAGUGAAUUGGUUAAAUACUGAGAAAAUGUCCCUUGAAAGUGUGUUUGCCAACCCUCCUCCAUUGGUUAGGGAGGAUAACAAAGAUUCUGGGAUUGAAGACAAAGAAAGUGAGAAAAAUUUGGAACAGUCAGUAAGAGAGCAUGGCAAUAAAAGGACAGAUAUAGUGGAAGGAUAUGGAACAUUGGAUAAUGGAGACAACAAAGGGUCAGAACAUUUGCAAAGAAAUCAAGCUGAUGGCAAUCACAUAGAAGGUGAACAGGAGUGCAUUCCUGGUGAUCUUAAACCUGAAGUGGCAGAUCCAGAGGAUAUGGAGGAAGGGGAAAUCCUAGAAGAUGGCGAAUUAGACAAUGAUGAUGGUGCAGACAGUGAGGAAGCAGAAAUGGUGAAACCAGAAGAGGAAGAGGUGCAACAUCAUGAUGAGCAAGAUGAUGAAAGCAGUGAGGAGGAAGACGAAGAGGAUAGUUUGGAAGAAAAGAAGAGGAAGAAAAAAGAAAGACGUAAGAAAAGAAAAGAACGAAGAAAAGAAAGGGACAGACUGAAAAAGUUGAAGAAAAAGUCCAAGAAGCGUAAGCGAUACAUCGACCAUGAUAAUGUCAACGAUGCUGACCUAGCACAAUCCUGGCCUCCUGUGUCUGCCAGGAAACAGCCUGAACCAUACAGUAGUCCACAGGGCCCAUAUGACAGCCCAUACCGCAGUCCCCCAGGUCCAUAUGGCAGCCCCUACAGAAGUCCACCAGGGCCCUAUGACAGCCCAUACAUGAGUCCUCCAGGACCCUAUGACAGCCCAGAUUAUUCAGAUGAUGAUGAGUAUGGGCCUCCACCAUCCAAGAAAAGUCUGUUGAGUAUGGUGGACGAAGAUUACAUGGAUGUUAACAUUGCAGCAGAUGAGAAACAGGACAUGUUUCAACUGGGAGGACAAAAAAAGGGUGGCAUGUCUGCUGCUGCCAGGCAGAAGAAGCUGGAGAAAAAGAAGAUGUAUUUUGCAAAGCAACAACAGAUGCAAAUGAAAAGAGAGAUGCAGAUGCAGCAGCGCCAAAUGAACAGGCCACAGUGCAAGUUUUAUAAGGAAGGGAAAUGUGCCAAGGGUGAAGGCUGUCAGUUUAACCAUGACUUCACACCACCUAGGAAGCUGGAGGUUUGCAAGUUUUACAUUCAAGGCUACUGUGCCAAGGGAGAGAACUGCAUUUACCUUCACAAAGACUGGCCAUGCAAGUAUUAUCACACUGGACAACCAUGUCAUGAGGGGGAAAAUUGUAAAUUCUCUCAUGAACGGCUGACAGAAGACACCAGACCUUUGCUUCAGAAGGCAAUAGACUUGUCGGAGGAAGAUCUAUUUGAUAUUCAAGGUCCACCUGGUGCCAAAGUUAAGAAACCAAGUCUGUUAGGUUCCCCUCCUCGUCAUAUCAAAGAACAGGUGGAGAGAUUGAAGGAGCAACAGAAAAAGAUUCCAUCCCUUUUUGACAUUAAAGUCACACCAACAGCAUCACUGCUACAGAAUACACAGUCCCCACAAUCAGGACAGCAGCAGCAGCUGAGUCCCAGUAAACUACAAUCAACACCACAACAUCAACAGCAACAACAGCCUCAAGAACAGCAGCAACAACAAUCACAGCUGCAGCCACCACCCAAGACUGCAGUUUCUCAGCAGCAACCACAACAACAACAACAGAUACCACAGCUACAGCAAGCCUCUCCAGUGCCACGACCUGUCAGGCCUGGUUUCUACAAGGAUAUGACUUCUCCUUCCCCUUCUAGACCUGGGCUCCUUGGGGAUGCCCCUAUUGGACCUCCCCGCAUGCCCCCUCCAGGCCCCCCUCCCAGAAUGGCAGGAGUGAUGCCUCCCAGGCCUCCCAUGGGUCCCCUUGGUCCCAUGAGCAUGCCACCCCCAGGGAUGACCCCACUUCCCCCUGCAGCUGCAGCAGUAGUUGCUGCUGCACAACAGGCUGUUGGGUUCUUUGAUGCUUUCUUUGGUCAGCCACCACCACCUAUAGGACUAGACCAGCCACCACCGCCUCUGCUUCAACAACAACAACAACAACAACAACAACAGCAGCAGCAGCAGAUUCCUCAACAGCAGCCACAGCAAGGCUCUGGGGAUGAAAAACAGCAAGGUGAAAUGGAAGGUGAUGGAGAAAACAAACCUUUUGUCAUCCCACCCAACUUGCCACCAAAACAGCGUGAACUUUUUCUGCGCAUACAGCAGCAGCAAAAGGAAAACUUGGCAGAAGCUGAACAAGGUGCUGACCAAACCAAAGAAGCAGAAGAUGAUAAUUGGUAUUCAAGUGAUGAAGAAGAAUCUUCUGGGUCAUCUAAGAAUCAAUUAACAGACAUUUUGAAAAGUAUUAAUCAACAGCCUGCCAAGUCAGCACCCCAGCAACAGCAGCAGCAGCAGCCGCCACCUGCUGUACCAUUAGUGGCAUCAGGGCCAGCACCCCCUGUGUUUGAUAUUGCCAAAAUGCUAAGCGUCAUUAAACAGGGCCCUCCACCACCUCUCCUGCCUGCUGCAGCUCCUGUCAGACCUCUCCUGAGUACACCAGUCACCAGACCAGAUCCAAGGCAACAAGGGAGACAAGAUCCAAGAAAUCAACAACAGCAUCAAGAUCCUAGAAUGCAACUGCAACAACAACAACAACAACAACAACAACAGACCCAAGACCCAAGAGGGGCAAGAAGUGAUCCAAGGAGGCAAAAUGUAUUGAAUACAAUAAACCAGAACCAAUCCUCUUACAACAAAGAACCAGAAAAACUUGAAGUUAUUACGCUAGACAUGAAGUGUCUUGUGCCAUAUCAACUGAAAAUAGUGACUACUGACACAAAAAAGGUGGGCCUACCCCCAGGUAUGGACCCAGCAGACCCUAAGAUUCAAAAUGAUCCAAGGUUAAAAAAAUUACUCAGUCAAAUGGACCCGAGAAUGUUGAGGGUAAAUGGACAAUCCCCAUCAAGGUCUCCCACAGACACUAACAGAGGUUCAAGGGAUCCUAGGGCAGCUGCAGCAGCUGCUCAAGCUCUCACUCCACCCCACAAGCCACAGGACCCAAGGUCACGCCCUGCAGACCCAAGGGUGCCUGCUGCCAGUCAGCUUGGUGCUACAGAAGAAAAAGCUGAAGAAAUCCCCGAGAUGCCUUUAGCAUUACGGCAGCCCCCACCUCUGUCAAUGGCCAAACCAUUACAUUUACAAGGACAGCAAUUGCAGAGGCAGAGAAGCCAACCAGACAACAGUAGUAGUAGUAGUAACAGUAACAAAGUGGAUUACAGAAAUGAUCCAAGAUUUAAGAGGAAAACUUCAAAUGUUCAGCCACUAAUGGGCAGCACACCAGCUUAUUCAAAGGCAGAUCGUUUGGUUUCUAACCAGGAGCAAUUACAACCUGUGCACGAAAAUGGUAAUCAAAGUUUUAAGUUUGAUAAGGAGUCUGUUGAGUACACAUCGCCACUUAGUAUGCCAGAAUCCUCUCAAAAUGAAUCUGGAUAUUCAGCUUACAGUCGGCAAGUUAACGUCUACAGUCGACCUCCCAAGAAAAUGCUUGGUUUAAGUAGAACUAAUCAGAGUUCGAGCUACAGUGGUCAAUCUCCACAGCAGCAGGCCAAUGGGCCACCAAAUAACAGUCUUGGAGACCAAGCUGUUGUGGCUGACCAAGAUCAAAUUAUCGCUGGCUCUACUGGUCAAGAAUCAGAAGUGACUUUAAGGGAUGUGUUUAAAACAAUAGAUCCAACAGCUUCACCGUUUUGCUGACAUACGGAAUAUCCUCUUCUAACAGCAAGAUGAUUCCUUUACUCCACAUUUUUCAUAUCAUUCUUUCCAUAAUUGUAUAUUUCUGCAUGGAUAUCUCCAGUCUAAAUGUUGUGUAGAAGUGAAGAUAAGAUCUGACAGUGACGUAACAUCAUGACCUUUUGUGUCUGUGUAAAAGGAGGUGCAAUUGUGCAAUUUUAUAUGCAGGGUUGAAAUUGCAAUGUCAUUUAAUAAGGUUGAUUUGAAAGAAAGGUCUCAUCCUCAAUAAUGUGUGUCUAUAUAUAAAAGUUUCCUGUAAAAUUGACUGGCAACCUCUUUACUCUUGUUUGUUACUUAAUACGAUUACUUAAGAUUAUAUCCAGUGGAGGUCCUUUCCCUGUAUGUUGUGCAUAAGUGUUGUUGUCAAAAUAUUUAAUGCAAACGAUGUUCGUCAACUUAAAUUUGUGCAUUCACCAGAGCCCUUUCAUUCAAUACUUAAAUAAAUGCAAUUUUAAUAUUCACUAGUUGUACAAAUAACUUUCUCCAUGGAAACUUGUCACAAAUUCAGCUGCCAUUAUGACAAUAAUGGAAGUAGUUGAAUUUGCAAUUUGCGAGCCAUGGCCCAAUUUUAUUUCAGCAUUUUGGUGGAUGUUGCCUUCAAGAAAUGGCCUUUUCCCCUCACUUUAAAAUGUGCACUGACCUUAGUAUGUUGGGGAUUUUGUGUGAAAUGCAAAUUGACCCAAUAAGUUCAAGAGAAGUUGCUAAGGUGCAAAUUAUUGACACCAGAUUCCAGAUUUUCCAUUUUUUUAUCAGCAGCUGAAGCAAUAUCCAGUCAUGACCUAUUUUUCAGUAUUUAACAAGGGCUGGUAUAAGUACUUUAUUGUUUUCUAUAUUGAUACAUUUUUGGUAAAUGCUAAAUACAAUUUACACUUUUUGAAUAGGUCGUUUUCAAGAGCAUUUUCUACAUGUAUGCUGCAUUAAGAAUCGGUUGCAACAUAUCCUUGCUAAUUAAUGAGGCUUUGCUCAUUUGUUACAUACAGAAUGUGUAUCAGUUAUGAUUUCACUUAAAAGAGUAGAAACAGAUCACCGUUGAUUACAUUUAAUUACAUCCAUCAGUUACAGAAUGGAUGCAUUUUCUUAGCAUUUUCUCUUUGAAUGAAGAUACUUGAGAGCCAUUUCCUGCAUGUAUACUUUUAUUGAUUUGAAAUAUUGGUUAAAUGAGAAUGAAGAACAACAAAUUUGAUUAUAAUACUGGAUGUAAAAGCUGUUCCAUAGAGAUGUAUUUAUUUUUUUCCAUUGCUUGUGUUUAAAUUGUUGUUGAGAUAUUUAUUAAAAGGAUCAUGGACAUUUCUAAAUGAAAAGAUUUAUCUACUUUUGACUUCAUCAAUUGUAAAUUUGUUAAUAUGUAUUUUUACCAGAAAUAGUGAUGUACAUAUUUUUGGAAUCCCAUGCAUUUUGAACAAACCAUUGACCUGUGUGACCAGUGACAAAUGUGGUGUAUUCCAUGAGGUUUUAUGUGCUUUCUGAUCCUACAUCUAGUUUUUUUCUGGAUGGUCAGAUUAAAUGAGCUGGUUUGAGACUGACCCCUCUGAAGCUUUGGCUAGCUUUGCCAGGAUAAUGUCAAUAAAUAAUUGUAAUAUUCAUAAUGAUUUUGUUGCUUAAUCCAACUGAUGUUGAAAAUUGUACUUUUGGGUCGAAUGUGCCUCCAAUUGCUGUGGAUAUUGAAAGGUUUCCUUGACCUUGGAAGUUUUUGUCAUCCUGUUCUUAUUUCCAACAUGUGACCAGGCUCAUGCAAUACAAUUUCAGUAAACUU